UUUUGGCAUGUCGGCGUCGCAAAUUGGCCUCUUUGUUGCCAUUGUUCUUUCUGUGCCCAUGGGCUGGACCGUGGACUGGAUGCUGAGGCGGUUCGGCGAAGGCAUCCGGCCGUUUAUCGUGCUGGCUGGCCUGGCUCUGACAAGCAGCUCUGUGCUGCUGAUGGGCUUCUGCACGACAUUCACCAUGGUAUUGGGCGCAAACACGUGGCUGGCGAUAGUCAUUCUGAUUGUUAAUAUCCCGGUCAUGAGCAGCUUUGGCGACUUUGUCAACAGCCUUGGGCUAAACUCGAUGGCUCAGUCAUAUGGCAUAUACAACGCAUUCUGGGCCUUGGCAUCAACCAUAGCUCCACCCAUCGCCACAACCCUGUAUACCCGGAUCGGAUACAGGUCUACCGUGGCUGGCCUGCUCACGGGGCUCUGUAUUGUAUGCUCGGUGCUGAUAAUGGCAGAGCCGCUCUGGCGACUGUGCAAGCGAGCAAUGCGUACUGUUGUAGAGAGGAAAUGAG